AUGAAGAUCGCAAUCAUCGUAUAUUCAACAUACGGCCACAUCUUCACUUUGGCAAAAGCAGUACAAGAAGGUGUCUCCAAAGCCGGUUACAAAGCCGACUUGUUCCAAAUACCAGAGACAUUGCCACAGGACAUUCUCGAUCAAUUGCACGCGGCUCCCAAACCCAAAGAUGUGCCAAUCGCCACAUUGGACACGUUGACCGAAUAUGAUGCGUUCCUCUUUGGUAUCCCAACCAGGUUUGGUACUUUGCCAGCACAAUUUUUUGAAUUUUUUGGUGCCACCGGUGGAUUAUGGGCUCAGGGUGCAUUAUACGGUAAACCAGCAGGUAUAUUUGUAUCUACCGGUACCCAAGGCGGUGGACAAGAAACCACUGUUCGUAACUCGUUGAACUUUUUGGCUCAUCACGGAUUGAUUUAUAUCCCAUUGGGUUAUGCUAAAACUUUUGCUCAGCAAGCUAGUUUGGAAGAGAUUCAUGGUGGUUCUGCUUAUGGUGCUGGUACUUUUGCUGCAAGCGAUGGUUCUAGACAACCUACUGAGUUGGAGUUGACAAUUGCUACUACGCAGGGGCAAGUAUUUGCUGAGCAAGCGGCAAGGUUUUAUCCAGGAGGAGAAAAGAGUCAAGGCAAAUCAAAUGAUUCUGCUGCUGCUGCUGCUGCUGCUGCAACACAACCAGCUGACAAGUUAACACCCACUAAACCCAAAGAUGCCACAACCGACAAGUCAACCACUGAAAAGCCAGCUGGUGCAAGAGGUCAACAAUCCACUAAAGCUCCAGAAUCAGAGGAUAAAAGUUUCUGUUCAAAAUGUAUAAUAAUGUAG